AUGGAGGAUAAUUUUCCAAGAAAAGUUUGUCAACCAUGCUUUCGCAAGGUGAUCAGCAUCGCAGAAUUCAAGUCAAUGACUCAAGCAAGUCUUUCUUCCCAAGAGCAAACUCUAGCGGCAGCAAAAGUUAAAAGACUUCGCAGUUGUCAGCAAGUGGGCGAUUCCCCUUCGUCCAGUCAGAAAAGUAAAAAACGUGUUGCCGCGAGAUAUGUUCGAACAAGUCUCUUCUCUACAGAUGGCACUACCGACAAAACGUCUUCUCAGUUGACAAAGUUCAUACCUAUCGCGCCUAAACCUACCACCAAUACUCAACGGAUCCUUCCUGCGUUUUUACGUAUCGAUGAAGCGGGGAAAUCAGAGGAGAAGAAAGAGAAAGCGAAGCAAGUUGAACCAUCUGUGCCGGAAAAUAUCAUGAAGCAAAGUGGUCUGCGAAAAUAUCAGGUGUGUAUGCCGGAUGUUUUUGUUUCAUAAGCUUCCUGGUUUGUUGUUAUUCAUGUUGUUACACUCUGUAUUUUUUAUUUAUAGAGCACUGCUUCUGUUAAGAUUAAUUCGACUGAUGCGCAGAAAAUCCAAUCUAGUGUGAGCAAAGGAAAUGUUCAGUUAAUCGCCGAAGCAGUAAUGAGCAUUGAAUCUAUCAAAAAGGCAGUUAAAGAGCACUUCCUAAAAGACAUUGACAAGCAGUGCCAGAACUUAUGCGUCCAUAAAAAAGGAACUCCUUCAGUGCUGAAAGUGAAUGAAAGUUCUUGUGUUGACGCCCUUAAGAGUUUUACCUGGGAAAAAGUAAUGAUUGAAUUGAGAGACUGGGCUCCAGAUGUGUUAGAUGUAAUGACAACUAUUUGUAAACAACCGUCGGUGACUCACGUUCCUGCAGUUUGUAUGGGCUAUGCUAUUUUGAUGUAUCACAGGAAUUCCAAGCUGGGAUUGCUUCAGAAGCUAUUGACAGUCAUGAUGGGGUCUGGUGGAUGCAGUCGUAGGGUACGUACAAUAUAAACACCAAAGGUGAGGAGGUACGGUAUUAAUUGAAACAACAACUUGAUUGGAGAGGGGGUGGGGGUGGGGGGCUUUAAAGAAAACUAAUUUAUAAUGUGAAUAGAUAAAAAUGAUUUGCCCUUUAAUCAGUCUUACUGUCAAUCAAAAUGCCUAGACAGUAUAUUAUUAACCGAGAAUGAACCCAAUGUUUUAUUUUGAAACAGCAAAAAACAGGUUACAAAAGGAUCCAAUUAUUUACUAAACUUUGUUAAUAACAAUCAAAUAACUAUUUAACAAGUAUUUACCAAAGUGGAGGUAAAAAUGCGGUAGAGGUUUACUGACUUGAAAAGUGGCAAGGCAAAAAUUCACCUCUCCUCACUGACACUGAGGUAAAUAAUUGUUUUAGUGGUCUUUAGUAUACCAUAUAUACCAAAGCAGUGGAUAACCAGCCAAAAAUAUUAUAGUUAGAUUAUUUCUCAUAAAAUGGGGAAAAAGUUUGUGAAUGAAAUCCAGAGGUGGAUAUACUGCCAGUAUUCUAGGUUUUAGUAGCCAAUCAGAGUGUAUGAAAAACACUAUCCACUAGUUUGCUAUUUACUAAUACUAGUUUCUUUACAAACACCUCUUUGGCAUGGAUAUUUAUUUUAAAUCCAAGACAGACCAAACAUAAACUUCAAUUGCUCACAUCGACUCACAUCUGUCCAUUAAUGUUGUUUAAUUUUUUCAGACCUUUACUUGCUUGAAUGCUUUAGGCAUCACCCAGUCUCAGAAGACGUGGGUCAGGACCAUGGACACAAUUAGUGAUGCUUUGGUACCAAAGAUCCAGAAGCUGGUGCGGGCAGGUGAAGAGCUACAGGUUAAUUUUGACAACCUUGACUUCCGUAUCUUAGCAAAUCAAGUUCUUUCAAAUCAUCGCAACACGGAUGUACACUGGAUUAACCAGUAUAUUACAUUUGACAGGGUGCCAUCAGGUCAUCUUGACAGCACAAAACCACUGGCAGAUUUGAAGGAACUUCCUUUGACUGAGUAUUUACUUAGUAAAGAUGAGAAAAAAGAGCUAAGAAGUACCAUGAUCACAUUGGUGACAAGAGUGUUAACAAAGAUGAUGCCAUCCCUAAAUCACAUUAAGGAGGCUGUCCCCAAGCACAUUCCCCACCCUCACAGUAAAGAGAUGGCCAAAAAAUCGGUUAUAAUUGGUUUACCUGUACAGCCAUUUAACCAAUCCAAGCAUGCUGAUGUUAUCCAGUACCUUGAUUAUAUGGAAGGCCUCCUUGGUACAAUCUAUACACCAGAAGACCAUCAAGUCCCAGCAAAUGAAUCAACAGAAGAAAAGCAGGCAAGAAUGGACAGAAUCUUGAAUGGUGUUAAAGUACCCCUUGGUGGAGAUCAGCUAGGGAGAGAGAGGGUGACUGGAGCCAAGAAAUUACGCCUGGGGUGUGACAGUGCUUUGGCAUGCAAAGCAGGCCUUCCUUAGUGUAAGUGAAAUGGUCUAGCUAACAAAAAUAACAAAUAUAUAAAACAAUAAUAAUUAAAGUAGUAAAAUGUAUGAUAACAAGUGAUAAUAUUUAUGAUUAUCUUUAUGAUCAUUAUUAUAACAACAAAAACAAUAGGAUAUGAAGGUAGCAAUCAUGUCUGAAGUUAGCACCAUUAAUUCUUUGGGGCUUUUAUUUCAGUAUUGUCAAAAAAUAAAUCAGCUAAAAACUGAAAAUAUACAAACAUAUAGAAUUGGAAUUUACAACAAUACUAGCUAGAAUGCACUAUUUUUGUCUGUAAUUUAUAUUACAAUUGUACAAAAAAAAUGUUCUGUGAUUUAAUUAAUAAGAGACCUGUGAUGAAAGCUUUCAUUUGCUAAACGUGAAUCCACAUAUCAAUUGAAUUUAUAAUUUUUUCUGCGUGCCAUGUACUGUUAGCCUCAUUUACUGCAUCAACACUGCUUUGCAGGAGGAAUCUCCCUGACUCUUUUAACCUGUCUGUUGUUAAGACAUUUAUAUUUUAUUACUGGGUUUAGAAAGCAGUAUUACAUUGUUUAUUAUUAACCUAAUACAUAAUAAACCAUUUUACUUUUCAGUUGAUCUGGGAAAAGCUGUUCAACACAAAGUCCUCUCGUGACAUUGGUACCCUCUACUACUUUAGACAAAAGUUUGGUAGAACAAAUGUUCCUACCCAUGUGAAAAAAAACUACAGUGGUGCAGAAGCCCUUGUCCUUCAAGUGACUCGAGCUCAUAUUUGUGAAGCCUUCAUGACUUGGGCAGGAAUGGAAGACAUUGACUCAGAACCAUCCUGUCUCAGUCUUCCCGAAAAGUCAGCAUCUCACCAGGAGAAGAUUGCUUUUGUUGAAGAAAACAUUGGCAGUUUUGUAGACAAGUACUGCAUGGUCCAUGCAGAUGUUGAGGAAGCAUGGGCUUUAGAUGAGGAGCAAAGGCAGUCUCUCAGAGAGGAUGGAAAUAGAUUACAUGCCAACCAGACAGCUGCAGGUGCACCACAAGAUCUGUAUACACCAGGUAUCAUGUUAUCAAUUAACACAAUAUCCAGACUUGUAAUUCAAAUGUCUCCCUUAAUAAUUAUUUUCAUGCCCCUUCUUAACUGUGCCCCUAGGUGUCAUGAAUAAGAACUAGUAAAGAAUAAACAGUUUAACUACCAAAGAGCUGUGUUUUAAGAGAGGUCAGUAUGUAAUUGACUAUUUCAAAUGUGACAGAGUGACAGUUCACUUGAAAUAACAUUUUUUAAUUAAUUUAUUUAUUACCAGGUAAAUAUUGGUGUUAGUAGCUUGGGGAGAAUUUAUUAUUCCGAGCAUUUAUUACCCUACUUAGUUACAUUUUUACAUUUUACAUUUUAUUACAUUUUUAUAGUCACCAUUAACUUGCUGAUAAGUUUAAUGCAGUGACAGAAUUUGAUAAUAUGUCAUGGCCUUCUACACGCUGAUAAGAUACUCGAGACCGAUAGAGCUAAAUGUGAGAGGGUCAUUUACAAGCUAAGGCAUUACACCAGGUUCAUCAUGAUUAGGAUAAUAAUUUUGGUAGAAGCAGUAAAAUCACUAUACUAAGGCAAAACUGUUACUUUCAUCACUGAGUUCCACAUUAAUUUAACACAUUCCUCUGACAGAUAACAGAUAAAAGAUACUUAUUUAUAUAUUGUAGGUACCACAGUUCUGCUCAUGAAAGCAACAUCUGCAACUGGAUUGAUAAUGCAGCAUCGGUUAAACUUUGUGGCUACUGGUCUGAUUGUUGAGCCUGGUCUAACGGCUAUGCCUGGUCCAACUGAAGUUGCAGUUCGAGUAACAGCAUCAUUGAAUACCAGCAACCUGCUUACAGAAACUCAAAAUAAUUUGCAGAUAGGGCAAUUGGUGAUCUGGCCAAAGAAAAGCAUGGCAAUUUUUCAAAGGAAUCCUGUAUUUGUGAAUAUUCAUAACCAGUCAGGAUGUAAGUUGAAACAAGAAGACAACAAAAUCACUCAUGGCCUGAAUAACAAUAAAUAGGUGAAACUACACAUUUGUGCACAUACAAAAUAUAUUUUUAAGGAAGAUGUGUUUACACCUUGUUAAGGCAGGUGUUAAGCAUCACAUGGGUGUCCCAAUGCCACUUGUCAUUUUGUAGCUACACUCACCUGGUAGUAUUUAAAAACAUGCUAUACUUAUUUAAUUAAAAAAGAAACUUCCUUGGCAGGGUUUUCAGGAAAAUGUGGUAACAUCUCUCAAAGAUUACGUUGUUUAGGCUAAAAUAUUGCUAAUUGAUGUUGUUCCAGGAAAACCAUACCCACUCCUUGAGAAAGGUGAUUGUAACUUUUGGGGGAAGGGGUGGUUUCAAAUACUACAGUUUUGUAAUAGAGAAAUGUUGAAAGCUUAACUGAAAUUUCUAACAGGGUGUGAGUGUGUGUGUGGGCAGGGGGGGGGGGAAGUGUGGAGGGCUACGUAAAUAUUCACAAAUUAUUAUUUGUAUAAGUAUUCAUUCAAGUACAUCAUUUUCUACUUCAUUUAUUCUACACACAUGAUUAAAUGGGUGAAUACAGUAUUUAAAAACAACAAUUUGGUUACACUCUAAGAGAAAUGAUGAGCAUUAAAUUACCAAAUGAAACAAAAAUUUUGAGAUAAUAAUUUUUGAAUUUACAUUUUUUUCACACAGCACAAACAGAACCUUCCAUGCCACGUGCAUCAAUAGGGCAGAGCAAAACAACAGUAACUGUGGCCACAAAGGACAGUGGACAAAAAGGUAUCUCAAUUCUGCAUUCAUUUACCUAUGUAUAUUUACAUUCAUCCAUCAAUGCUAACGGUCAUAACACAAUUCUUGUUUAGGAGGGCUAAAAUAAUUUCUUAUCAAUACUAACAAAGCUGAUAAUAAUGUGUUUAAUUCAUAAAAUGAUUAUGAUUAUUUUAUUCUGCAAAUGGAGACAAGCUAUCACUCAUGUAUCUUUUUCAUCCUAAUUCCUAGAAGACAAAGAGGCAAGUGACCAUGUCACCAACUAUGCCAGACAAGUCAUUCAAAUGGGCCUGAUGCUGAUGAAUUUAAAUGACACAGAAGGAGAAGGUGAUGGUGCAAGGAGUGUAUUAAACUGGAAGAUUCUUCUUCUUUAUUUUCGGUCACGCAAGAGGGGGCAGAAAUACGCAUUUGAGGCAAUGAGGUUUCUAUCAAACGUUAAGGCACUAUAUAGUGCAAAAAUGGCACAUCGUGCUAUACAUGGACGGUUUGUGAACCAGUUAGGCGGUGACGGAAGAAAUGUUGCGAAUGACCUGAAGCAAGAGCAUCACGUCAAGAAGAAUAAAAAGUUCAUUACUAAAACCGGGGCUCAAAAGACUCUCAAGGCGGUCACCCGAGCUACAGGUGCUUCAAAUGGAGUUGAUGACAUAAAUACCAAUCUUGAGGAACAAACAAAGAUCCACAGACCCUCGAGCAAACACACCAUUGCUAGUGCAGAGGAGGACGAGAAACAAAUGGUCAAAAUCUUGAGAGGUUUAAAACCAUUUGUCUUAAUUCCAAACAGGAAGCACACCCAUUUCCCUCACAUCUCAGAAAGCCCCAUGGAUGAACUUGAUGUAAUGCUUUUCAAGACCUGGCUUACAAGACAUAGGAAUCAACUUGCAAGCAACAGAAAUGCUGAAUAUCAGGCUGAAGAUGAAGAUGGAGUUGAAAGUGAUGAUGAUGAAACAAGUGCAGAUGGCAACAUUCUAGAUGGAGAAGAAUCCAGUGAUUCAAGUGAAGAUGAAUGA